UUUUAUCAAUUCGUUUCAGUAUUAGAUGUAGGUCUUGCGAGUGAAGUGCGUGGUAAAGUGAAAUGAUUUCCGAAGAAGAAAAAGAGGAUUUUCCAGUGCGAGAAGAAAACACCCUGGAAGGUGACGCAGAUGAAACAGACGGCCCCCAACAAGACAUUAAGGCAAAAAUCGUACUUUCCAGAGAAGACUUCCAUGAUUUAAUCGACUUAGAUCUUGCAGAGGAGCCUGGGCCCGAAUCCCCGUACGAGCUAGUGGCUAAAAAGACCAUCUCCCAAGGUUUAAUGGACGUGUCCCUCAUCUUGGCCAACGCGAACCAACUGCGCUACAACGUCGAAUUUAACCGUAACGGCCCCACGUUUUACGUUAACGUUAUCCUGCUAUCGAUCUCUAUGACCCUCCAGGUGAUCGUCGCCAUGGUGUUGAUCUUUAAGGGCCGUUACUACCUGAAGGGCCAGUCGAAAUCACCCAAAGCGCGAAUGGUGAAACGAUGGUGCGUUUUUCUUGUAUUUUUAAUCGGCGUUUUUAACGUUCUCGUAACGGCCUUCGGUAAAAUUGAAGCAUAAAGUUAAUAAACCGCACCGUGUUGGCACA